CGCGCAGUGACCGCGCGCUCGAGUGCGCUGGUCGGUCCGUUGCUAGCUGUGACAAAAAAGGACGCGCUGGUUGCCAACCAGUAUGUCACAGUGCCAGUUGAAGAUCAAGGUGUGGGCAGCACUGGGCACUUGACCCGACGGUUUGUUAGUUUUUGCUUCCCCUAUUCCAGUAGCCCACCAACUUUCAACGCGAAGGAAAAUAUGCGGAAGUUUAGAGUGCUGAACGUGAAAACUCAUUUAAACUGAAAUUCGGAGCGUCAGGCUGAUGAUUUUUUCUUCCUUUUUUUUUUUUUUUAACCCCUUAUAAUUCGAUGAAGGAUUUCUACAAAAUCAGACGGUGACCGCGACACACUCACUGGAAAUCGGACAUGGAUUUACUAAGCUGUCCGCAAUGCAAUAUGACUUUUAAAUCCUCCCUACUGUUGGAGAAACAUCGGGAGAAAUUCUGCAUCGGAGGAGACAUCGGCAAAGUCCGUGAGGCCCAGACGCCGCAAGACCUGCUCGAAAAAGUGAAGGAUUACAAGAAAAGACGACAGGAACUGCGAGAGCAGCGGGACAGACAGGAGAGGGAGCUGCUCAAGGACAUCGAUGACGAAAAGCGGCCGAGGACCCCUGAGACUGUGGAGGACUCUGAGCCCCCCUCUAGACAGCGAGGUUCCAGUUCCAGAGCCAAGUGGAACAAAGGCCAUGACACCCAUGUCCGCCACCUGGCACAGACUCAUGGGAAGCAUAUCGUUGACAUUAUGACCGAAAACAAGGAGCUAGAGAGGCAAAGAAAAGAGAUUGAUGAAAAGCUGAAGGAGUUGGCUUCACAGAGUAAGAACUUCCUACAGGUUGAGAAAAUGCUGAAGGAGCUGAAAGACCAAGAGCAGAAAAACGAGUUCCUCCUCGAAUCCAUGCGUCAGCAGAUGCAGAUCCUUCAGAUGGAGGCCAUGAGGACCAAAAACCUGAGCAUGCACAGCGACUCUCCUCUGUACUCAUCGAAGAAAAAGUCAAAGUUGCCUGAGUUUCAGCCCCACACCUACAUCCCGUUCUAUGGAGGAGGACUCCUGUCUUCUGAAAUCAGCGCUCUUCGGUUGUCCUACCUGCAGAAUGGAGGGAACGACCAGAUCAUUCUGGCCCAGAUUCAGGACUUGCUUAAUGAAGCCCUACAGCUUGAACAGCAGGCCAAGCAACCGCACACUCAUCACCACAAGGACAAGCACAGACGUGGUCCCCAGGAGUCUCUACGCCGUAGUCUGACCAGAGAUCUCAUCACGCUGGAAGUGGAGAACCAGCGCCUUGAAAGUGAACUUGUGAAACUUCAGCUGAAGAAAAGGAAAGACCCUAAAUAUUCCAAAACUUCUUAUAGUCGCAGGACCGGUCACCUCCCUGUGUACCUCCCAGAGAACGGUGACCACAAAAUGAGGGUCCUGAAGCGAGACAUUGACCUCCUCAAGCAGGAACUGGAGAUCCAGCGCCUGCGACGACACAUCAAGACGUCGGUGACACAAGCACCACCAGAGCAGACGGCUCCUUCCCCACUCCCUCCACUGGAGGACGUGAGAACUCAGACGCCAAACUUAACUAAGCAAAUCUGGGAAUCCAAAGAUGGUUUGGGACCUGCGCCCUACGACCCCAUAGCUGGAUUUGUAAUCUUCUACGACUUCCUUCAGGGUCUCGACUCCUUUUAUCGUGUUUGUCGUCUGGUGGUGGGUUUAUGCAGUGGUGCCCAGGAGAUGGGCAGUCCGGUGUUCCUUCCGCCAGUCUACUGUGAGCCCAGCAGUCUUCCUUCGUACCUGUCGGAGAACAAGAGGCUGAACGUGGCUACACUUGCGGCCAAGCAGGCUGUUCCGAGAAUUCGCCCUUCUCCUUUGAUUUCCCUCGUUAUGGAGCUGCAGGCGUCUGGGGGAUACGACCCAUAUGGGCAAGAGGUGAACCGCCUCGUCUCAAGAGGAUGGGUCAAACUUGACAUUUUUGACUUGCACAAUCGCGUCAUCAGUGGGAAAUGGAAGGUGCCGAUCCGCAUUCUUCCAGUUAAUCCGGCUCUGACAACGGGAGAAAUGAACGGAGUGCCUCAGCUUGGGAAUGCUGAACUUCACCUGCGAAUUGUGAAUGCCAGAGACGCAGACCUGCAGAGCUCUGCACCGAUCAGUGAAUAUAAUGCCAGCCUUUACAAAUACCCCCCUCUGGCCGCCGCAAGGACCGGCUUUGUCUCAAACAUCCCGGUUCAACCACAGCUCUCCUCUUACUACUUCCCCAGCACACAGAUGAUGUACCCACCUUACCUGGAGAGCACAGACCCCCCUCCACCAUCUCAAAGUCUGCUCGAUGACACACUGUAAUAAAAUACGGAUUUAGGUAGAUACAACCGGUUAGGCUUUCACAAGUUUAAUUUGCAAUCCAGUGAAUGUUGUUUUGGAAUUUGAUUGACGCAACCAACCAGCUUCAGAGCAGAUGAGGGUCGUACUGUCAGGCCAUAACUCCUCUAACAGAACAUUAGGACAAUCUGGGGACAUUCAGCCCAACGAAACCCACCAGGCCUGUCCGCUUCAUUCUCCUGAAAUAAACAUCAAGUCGAGUUUUGAAGGUCCCUGCAGUCCUACUGCCCACCACACUACUUUGUCACUUUUUCCAUGUGCCUGUCGUUGUCUGAGUGAAGAAGAACUUCCUAUUGCUUGUGUGAAAUGUACCCUUCACAAGUUUCCAGCUGUGUCCCCGUGUUCUUGGCGACUUCAUUUUAAAGUCACCGUCU